GUUUGUUGAAUGAUGCCUCGUCCUCCUCCUGUCAUAAAGAACAUAGAUGAGAUCGUCUGGGGGACGCCACGACCAGCAGAAGUAACGCUCUACUUCAUACUAAAGGCAGCUUCAAGGUCAACUUCAACUGAUGAGGCUCCUGUUAACGACAGCAGUUGGAUCAUUCGGAUUGCCACAAAUGUGUUCUAUCGGGAACGAGGCGACCGGGACCCGUGCAAACAUUUGAAGACACUCUUGAAGUACCUGAAAGAAAGCGAAUUGACUUCGCUUAUGAAGGACGCGCUGGAGUUGUGUCAGCAGGCAUCUCCUGUUAGAAGGCAACGAAUGCCAAGCCAAGGAUCAAACGCAACAAGCCUAUCCGAUGACGAAAUUGAUCGCAUUGCGCGCUCGGUAAAAAGGCCCGAAGAAUUGGUUUACAUGUUCGCCAUAUCAACUGCUUACUUUAAGUCAUUCAGCAAUUUCGAUAUCCAAGACUUGCCUGCUUUGGCGUACAUCACUUUUCGACGAAGUGAAUGGAACAUAUCGGCUUCGAACUGCUUCACGACUUUGCUGCAUCUUAUUUCAUCGGGCGGGAAUCUCCACUACUUGCAAAUACUGCUGAACGAGUUUGACAGCAACUUCAUUCCAGUUGUCAUCAAUACCCAAGCUCCGAACGAAAUAUCCAUUGACGUCAUGCGUCUCAAUCAGCAUGACUCAUCAACUAGAGCCAACCCUGACAUAUCACGCGGAGCUCGACCUCAAAGUUUGAGGACAUCUCAAAACAGGACCAGUCCGAUUAGCAGGAGUCACAGUGACUCAUCUUCAGACAGGGUCUUAUUGUCUACCAGCGACCCUAGAUUACUGGCUAGGUUAUUUCCGGGAAGCUCAUUCACAGCAGGAGUUGUGCAUAGAAUCAACGUGAAUGGACCUAUCCAGCGGCUUCUAGAAGAUCUUGGAGUGACUGGGCUUUUGCAUGGCCAAGAAAGUAGUCAGUUAAUCCAGUUCAAGCUGGAAUCACAUGUAGAAGCGCAGUCACUGGAUUACUCUUUGGAGAACUCCAGACAGGAAAACCACGAGCAUGAGGAUCUCCCUGAAGGCGAUUACCUGGACGAAGAAGAUGCCUAAUUACGUGGAUUCUUUUCAGAAUCGAGAUACGUAAUUGGCACAAUCUGCAGUUUCCUCUAUCUAAUCUAGAUUUUGCGUUCUGUAGAAUGUACAGGUGCUCUAUUCAUGCAACCAAUCAACUUAUUUACGGGUUUAUGCUUCAGUACUUUACAUUGAUUGCUAGUGUCCUGUUCAGCCAUUUAUUUUUAAGUAACUUUUAAUAUCUUUCAUGUCGCAGAAAAUUGUGACAAUAAUCUCAGUUUCUCCAGAAAGUCUCGAGAAAAUUGUGCACUGAAAUUUUGUGUCAACUGAGCUUUUCUGAUGCUAGGAAAAAGUACACGGUUCUUAUAUGACCAAUUUAUGUGCUUAUUAGUUAUGAUCAUAACAAGAAGAGGAUGUUUAUAGCCUUUUGUGAAUUCUUCAAUGCCUUCAAUCCAUAUUUCUUAAUUUUUGUAAAUAGUAGUUUAAAAUUUUGUCUCUAGUUUAGUCCUUCCUCUAAUUAACUUGUUCAGACCUUCCGAAGGCAGUAAAGGAAUGUGCUUUUUUAUAUAGGCCAAUAAUAGUUUUCAACGAAAUGCAUU